AUGAUUCGUUUUCUCCAAGUAAAUAUUGGCGUCGGUAGGGCAGCUCAGGACCUGAUGGUCCAUACCGCAAAGGAACAUUGUGCUGACGUUGUAUUGGUUAGUGAACAGUACCGUAAUUUAUGCGAGGAUGUAGGAUGGUACAGCGAUGUGCCAGGAAGAGCUGCGAUUUUUGUAGCCAAGGACAUAGCGAUAGACGAAAUCGGACCAGCGGAUACUGGUUUCCGGUGGAUCAAAAUAAAAGGUAUACGCUUCUACAGCGUAUAUUGCUCACCUAACAUUUCUUUGGACGAAUACAAUGAGUUUCUUAGUAGAUUGGAAGACAGCUUGCGUGAAGCAGAUGGACCAGUACUUGUAGGUGGGGACUUCAACGCCAAGCGCCCAGAAUGGGGAUCGCAAAUAUCGGAUAUAAGAGGGGACACUUUGGCAGAUCUAUCGUUCUCUCUAGACCUGCAAGUUUGCAAUGUCGGUGACCACCCAACAUUUACAAGAGGAGGGUCGGAAUCUUUCAUUGACAUAACAUUUGUAUCCCGGUCGCUUUGGAGUAAGGUGAAUAACUGGCGAGUGCUUGAAGAGGAAUCGAUGAGCCUACACUGGUACAUUAUAUUUGAAAUCUCGCUUAAUACCUCUCUUCCAGUCCAACCAACCCCUAAGGGAUGGAACUGGCGGAAACUAGACCGAGAAAGGUUGCUUAUGUUCCUAGAAACAAGAACGGUAUCAGAUUUUGGAGAUACUAACUCUACAGAAGUGCUACCAAAUGCCUUAGAUGCAUACCUUGCGGCUGCGUGUAACCACUCAAUGCCCAAUAAGUCAUACCAUGGCCGAAAAAAACCGGUCUACUGGUGGACACAAGAAAUUGCUGAAUUUCGCAAGGCAUCGUUUGCAGCAAGGCGAAAAUUCCAAAGAGCUAGAAAACGGAGGGGGCCCGACGAGUGUAGAGAACUGGAACAAGUGGCGAGAGAAACACUUAAGACUUUGAGGGUAGCCAUAAGAAAAAGUCAAGAGGACUCUUGGAGAAAUUUAUGUCAGCUGGUAGACAAUGAUCCAUGGGGGCUAUCUUAUAAAAUCGUAGCCAGGAAAUUAAUCAGAAAGCGACCAAUACCAGGUCUCUCACUGCCAGGUCGAUUACAGGAUAUCGUUCACGGACUAUUUCCUGCCAGGCGUUUUGUGGAGUGGCAAAUGCCAUCGGAAACUGACACAAUUGAACCAGUAACGGCUGAGGAAUUGGUGGAGCUGGCCAACGCCUUACCUUCUGGGAAAGCGCCAGGUCCAGAUGGUAUACCCGAUACGGUAGUGAAGACAGUAGUAUUGAAAAGGACGAUUGAAGUUGCGAGUAUCUUUAACAAAUGCAUGCGUAAUGGGUCUUUCCCAAGUCCCUGGAAGGAGGCCCGACUUGUGUUGGUUAGGAAACCGGACAAACCUUUGGAACUGCCAUCUUCCUAUCGGCCACUAAGCAUGGUUAAUACAAUUGGUAAGAUGUUUGAGCGCGUCUUGAAGAGACGACUAGAGGCACACCUUGGACUAGAGGGGCUCUCGGAGAACCAGUACGGUUUUAGAAGAGGGAAGUCCACGAUGGAUGCUAUCGAAAAAGUGUUGGCUAUAGUAAACCGUAUUAACUCCGUGCCAUGGAGGCGAAGAGAGCUAUGUGCUAUUGUGUCGAUUGAUGUCGCAAAUGCCUUCAAUACCGCACCUUGGGAAAAAAUCGGAGAAGCACUAAGGCAAAAAGAUGUACCUUUCUACCUGAUAAAAAUACUUCGUGACUACCUUAGGGAGAGACGGUUACAGACAGACGCGGGGAAUGUUGACGUUACAUGUGGAGUACCACAAGGAUCAGUAAUUUGUCCUAUUCUAUGGAAUAUAUUUUAUGAUGAUCUGUUGCGCCUAACACUACCUGAAGGAGUAAGGAUAAUUGCGUUUGCAGAUGACGUUGCAGUAGUUGGAACCGGUUGGUGUACAGAGGCUCUGGAGGUCUCAAUUAAUGCUGCGUUAAAACAAGUUAGCAACUGGAUGAGCAGAAACGGACUGACGAUAUCGAUAAACAAGACAGUGGCUAUGAUGAUGACGACAAAAAGGAAAUAUAGACACCCACAGUUUGUGCUACUAGACGACACCUUGGAGUUAAAAGGAAAAAUGCGUUAUUUGGGAGUGGAGCUGAGUUCAUCACUGGGAUUCAAGGAACAUAUCCAAAUGGCACGCAACAAAGCCUUGAGGACAACGGUCGCUCUUUCCCGCUUGAUGCCCAAUGUUAAAGGCCCAAGGCCAAUAAAAAGGAAGCUACUCGCAUCAGUGGUUCAUAGCCAACUGUUGUAUGCGGCCCCCGUGUGGAGCUCAUCGCUAGUAUUUCAUAACCAUAAGCAGUUACUUCUAGGCCCCCAGCGGGCAAUAGCCCUGAGAGUCGCCAGUGCGUAUAGAACGGUAUCCACGGUGGCAAUAUUGGUUGUGGCCAACAUUGUUCCGGUACACCUUAUGGCGAGAGGACGGAGUGAACUAAGACGACUGCAAAAAACUGGGAUUGAGGACGCAAGGCACAUGGUUGAUGAAAAUAUCUGGAGUUGGUGGCAACAGGAAUGGGACGGUGAAAAGGAUAAAGGGGCGUGGACAAAGCGACUCAUAUCUAAAGUUCGCGAUUGGGCAAGUCGAUCACAUGGUGUGACAAGCUACAAGCUACCACCUGACAUAGAUGUUGAAGGGACAUGGCUGCUUCCAGGCCAAACUAUAUAG